GGCUUGACCCCGGCGGCGUUCCGUACGGUCGCGAAUCCGCCGGCGGGAAUAUGGCGGCCGCUGCCGGGCCAGUAACGGAGAAAGUUUCCGAUGAGACUGGCCUGUGCUAGUGCUUGUGGCGUGGGGCCCUCGACUCCCCUGGAGUGCCGUGUCUCCGCUCCGAAUCGCAGGCUCAACCGCAAGGGCCCUUCCUUUCCCCUGCUGGCCCAAGGGCCGACUCCGAGGGCUGAGAGAGCAUUCGUAGCAGCGGCCGAGUCCGGGACAAGGGGUCACAGGCGGGGCGGCGAGACCCAGGCGCGGACAGCGCGCAGGGCUCGGCGUGGUGCGGACCCCGAGCUCCGCCCGACCGGCCUCGCGGGAAGGAGAUCACUGUAAACAAAUUCCACCAGAGAAAGUGCUGAAAUAGGAGUUACAGAUACAUUGGAUUUGCUGGAUGAAAUACAAGCAGUUAAUUUUCAUAACGUGGGGAGAAAGCCCAGAUUGACAGAUUAAUGUGUAAAUCACUGCGUUACUGCUUUAGUCAUUGUCUCUAUUUAGCAAUGACAAGACUGGAAGAAGUAAACAGAGAAGUGAACAUGCAUUCUUCAGUGCGUUACCUUGGCUAUUUAGCCAGAAUCAAUUUAUUGGUUGCUAUAUGCUUAGGUCUUUAUGUAAGAUGGGAAAAAACAGCAAAUUCCUUAAUUUUGGUCAUUUUUAUUCUUGGUCUUUUUGUUCUCGGAAUUGCCAGCAUACUCUAUUAUUAUUUUUCAAUGGAAGCAGCAAGUUUAAGUCUCUCCAAUCUUUGGUUUGGAUUCUUGCUUGGCCUCCUGUGUUUUCUUGAUAAUUCAUCCUUUAAAAAUGAUGUCAAAGAAGAAUCAACCAAAUAUUUGCUUCUAACUUCCAUAGUAUUAAGGAUAUUAUGCUCUUUGGUGGAGAGAAUUUCUGGUUAUGUCCGUCAUCGGCCCACCUUACUAACCACAGUUGAAUUUCUGGAACUUGUUGGAUUUGCCAUCGCCAGCACAACUAUGUUGGUGGAAAAGUCUCUGAGUGUCAUUUUACUUGUUGUAGCUUUGGCCAUGCUGAUUAUUGACCUGAGAAUGAAGUCUUUUCUAGCUAUUCCAAACUUAGUUAUUUUUGCAGUCUUGCUGUUUUUCUCCUCAUUGGAAACUCCCAAAAAUCCAGUUGCCUUUGCGUGUUUUUUUAUUUGCCUGAUAACCGAUCCUUUCCUUGACAUUUAUUUUAGUGGACUUUCAGUGACUGAAAGGUGGAAACCCUUUUUGUACCGUGGAAGAAUUUGCAGAAGACUUUCAGUUGUUUUCACUGGGAUGAUCGAGCUUACAUUUUUCAUUCUUUCAGCAUUUAAACUUAGAGACACUCAUCUCUGGUAUUUUGUAAUACCAGGCUUCUCCAUUUUUGGAAUUUUCUGGAUGAUUUGCCAUAUUAUUUUUCUUUUAACUCUUUGGGGAUUCCAUACCAAAUUAAAUGACUGCCAUAAGGUGUGUUUUACCCACAGAGUAGAUAACAAUAGCCUUGACAGAAUCAUGGCAUCCAAAGGGAUGCGUCAUUUUUGCUUAAUUUCAGAGCAGUUAGUUUUUUUCAGUCUUCUUGCAACAGCAAUUUUGGGAGCAGUUUCCUGGCAGCCAACAAACGGAAUCUUCUUGAGCAUGUUUCUAAUUGUUCUGCCUUUGGAAUCUAUGGCUCAUGGCCUCUUCCAUGAAUUGGGUAGCUGUUUAGGAGGAACAUCUGUUGGAUAUGCGAUUGUGAUUCCCACCAAUUUUUGCAGUCCUGAUGGUCAGCCAACACUUCUUCCACCAGAACAUGUACAGGAGUUAAAUUUGAGGUCUACUGGCAUGCUCAACGCUAUCCAAAGAUUUUUUGCUUAUCACAUGAUUGAGACCUAUGGGUGUGACUAUUCUACAAGUGGACUAUCAUUUGAUACUCUACAUUCCAAACUGAAAGCUUUCCUUGAACUUCGGACUGUGGAUGGGCCUAGGCAUGAUACGUAUGUUUUAUAUUACAGUGGGCACACCCAUGGUACAGGAGAGUGGGCUCUUGCAGGUGGUGACAUACUACGCCUUGACACACUUUUAGAAUGGUGGCGAGAAAAGAAUGGUUCCUUCUGUUCCCGACUUAUUAUCAUAUUAGACAGUGAGAAUUCAACUCCUUGGGUGAAAGAAGUAAGAAAAAUCAACGACCAGUAUAUUGCAGUGCAAGGAGCAGAGAUGACAAAGACAAUAGAUAUCGAAGAAGCUGACCCACCUCAGCUGGGUGACUUCACAAAAGACUGGGUAGAAUAUAACUGCAACACCACUAAUAACAUCUGCUGGACUGAAAAGGGACGCACAGUGAAAGCAGUGUACGGCGUGUCUAAACGGUGGAGUGACUACACGCUGCACCUGCCAACGGGAAGCGACGUGGCCAAGCACUGGAUGCUGUACUUUCCUCGUAUUACGUAUCCACUAGUGCAUUUGGCAAAUUGGUUGUGUGGUCUGAACCUUUUUUGGAUCUGCAAGACUUGUUUUAGGUGCUUGAAAAGAUUAAAAAUGAGUUGGUUUCUUCCUGCUGUGCUGGAUACAGGACAAGGCUUCAAACUCGUUAAAUCUUAAUUUGGAACCCAAAGUGGAGUAUUAUUGAGAGUUUAUUCUACCACUUAUCACUAACUUGCCAUUUUUUGUAUAUUGUAUUUUUAUUUGAAAAAAUAUCUUGCUACUUCUGUAGCUGAUCUUAUUUUGUCUUUUCUCAAGUAAUUAUGGUAUGUGUAAGGAGUUGGGAGUAAGCAUUUUGUACUAAAAGUAUAUAGGGAGUCAAAAUGUUGACUUUGUCAAUACAUAAGAGAUGUUGAAAAAUAAUGACAAUGCACUUUGAGGAAUGUUUGCAUAUGCCUCUGAUUAGAAGGAAGACUCGUCUCUGCUCUGCAGUGGCCAAUGAAGAAUCACCAAUGCCUUCUUUCCCAAGGCAUAGAUUAGAGAAUGUAAACCAGACAGUUUGCUUACUGUUAUAAGAAAACUACCAAUGUGCUUACAGAAGAUUAUUUUUGUGAACAGUAGGUUUGAGUCCAAAACCAUUUGAAGAAUUUCAGACUCACUCUCAGAAAAGGGAAAAGGAAGAAGUCUGCUUAAAAUGAAUAUGUAAAAUUUGCUUAUCGUCCAUCACAUUUAGACACUUGGCUGUGACCUGUUACCAGUAUCGCAGAGAAGCCCAAAUCACUGUUUAGGUAAAAACAUUCUUCCUGUAGGUAACUGUAAGAAGCCAGAGCCUACAACUUGCUCCUUCAUGCCUUGCUGGGAGCCUCUGAAAGCACUGGCAGUUUUAAGAGUCUUUCUCAGGGUAACAAUGUUUUCUUAAUAAAAAUGUUUUCAGCUACAAAUUCCUCCCAAAUAAAUUGUCUUCCCUUUCAAAAUGUAAUUUUAUGAAAGAAAUGUAGCCAUUUGUCAUUGAUUUAGGCUAUUUUCAGUAUUGAGAAGUGCUUUUGAUCUCUGUAAAGUUAAUGCUGUGUCAUGAAAACAAUUUUUCAGAUCCCCAUUAGUGGUAACACUUUUUUCUACUUGAGGUCAAAGGAUUGGAAACAGGGUCAUUUCUUUUUUUUCUUGUAUACCUGUAAUGUAUUAUGUAAAAAAAGUAUUCAUACUGGCAAUUCUAGUUAAGCAUAAUGGUGUGGUUGUAAUUUUUAAAACUUCAGUGUUUUAUCUAAUUAAAGCAGGCAUGGAUUGGGCUAUCUCCUAAAAGGUAAUUUACCUCCUAUUCCUUUCUAAUAAUCCUAACAUUCUAAGUUUUCAUUUCUGAAAAAUAACAUGAAGGGAAUAGAUUUAAACUGGAGGAUGCUCUAAUCUUUGCUGUUUAAAUGGUGUAAUUUCUCACCAUAAAAGCCAUUUUUUCCAGCCUCAGAGAGAGGAAAUAACGCCUCUACCAUUUUCUACCUGUGACUUGAAAAUAGCAGUUCUGGUUAGAAAGAGGUCACUUAGCGUCAGGGAACUGGUAUACCACUAUCUAUGCAGCCUUGUUAUAUAGUCUGAUUAUUUCUGUGUUUUGAGUAUGAUUUUCCUAAUGCUAUGAAUAAAAUUUUGUCAAAAAUUAAUUUUUCACAUAUUUUAGUAUAUUAAAAGGGAUAGUCAAAAAAUGUACAAGUAUUACGAAAUUUUCUAAUAUUUGGUUACAUAUUUACAUCAACAUCAUCCAAAUGAAAUAGUAUAGUAUUUCACUACUACUCAGAAAUAGUGUAGCAGACAAGCCAAGUGUUAAAAUGAUGAGCUUACAGCUACAAAAGUUUAAUUAACGUUAAGUAAAAUCAUCUUUUAAAUUCUGAGCCAGUGUUGAGCAAAUGAGCUUUAACUAAAGCAUAUCCGUGUACUCUGAGAAAGCAAAAUAGAAAAGUAUAUCCUGUAUUCUUUAUAAAGUGAAACUAACAUUUUACUAAAAAUCGCAUUCAAAAGGUAGCAGACAUUUUUACAGCCACAGCGCUAAUACUUUGAUAUAUAUUUUCUAUAAAGUACAACUGAAAAAGGUCUGGGCUAAAAAUGUGAUUUGAGCCUACUUAAACUUUGAUGAAACAAAGUGAUAGUUUGGAGAAGGAAUAUUACAGGAAAGAUAAUUGCUUACUUUUACCUAAGGAUUCAGAAACAGAUGUGACAAUGAGACUAAUUUUCUUAUGGCCUCUGUUUUAUAUAUCGUAUGUUUAGGAAGGGGUUAUUUAAAGUGAUAGAAAUUAUGAAACGGCAAAAUUUUACCAUGCCACUAAAAGAAAUAGAUAACAUAGAGAUGUUUUUCAACAUACUGUUGACUUGUUUCCUUGUGUGGUACCUUGUUAAAAACCACACACAAAAAAAACCAUCUAAAAACAUCUUUUUUAAAAAACAAAACUAUUAUUUCAUUCAAAAUUUUGUUUUAAUUUACUCUGACUAAACUCUUAUGGGACAUUUGGAUUUAUCUUUUAUUGUAUAGCUUUCUAUCUCCCUCUUCUUAAUAUGAAAUUCUAGAGAAAAGACCUUUUUCAGGAAACAAUUUUUAUGAACAGUGUUUUCAUAAGUUAAACACUUUUUAAAAGUUACACUGCUAAUUAAAAUGCAUUUAUAUCUAAUGCAUUAGUGGGUAGAAUUUUUUUGAGCCAGAAUCUUCAUUAAAGUCUAUUUGUAACUGUACAUUUAAUUUGUAAAUUUUGGCUUAAAUAUGUUUACUGUUUGGGGUACUACAUUUUUUAUAUGUAUUCUUUCACAUUUAGAGCCUAACCUCCUUCAAGGCAGUGUUCUACAUUACCUUUCCACAGGUGAUGUGUUAAUAUUAUAUAUGUCAGAAGAAAAUGGCUUAAUUUUAACCAUGUGAUUAAGUAUAUUUGAUAGUAAAUGCUCAAAGGAGUUAAAUCUGUCAGCACUUUUUAACAUCUAUAUUGGAAGAUACUAGACUGUCAUCUCUUUUCAAGCAAAGGCCUACACAUCUUGAUAUUUCUCAUACAGUUACCCAGAAGAGUGCCUUGCUUAUAAUAGGAGGUAUUUUUAAAAUACGUUUAAUUGAGUGAAUGAAUUUAGAUUCCUAAGGAGAAAUUGGAAUAGUCUGACUGUAAAUUAUUACAUUUUCUUGACAGUUUUACCUUAAGUGGGUAUUAUUUCAAGAUCCUCAUUGUUAACAAUUACCAAAGACAAUUACAGCAUCAGUGAAAAGAAAACAAAUAUCACAUUUGUAGGUAAAGAGCGAUAAGGAUAAAGAUUAAGGGAAAACUUUAAGAUAGGUUUGAUUGAAAACAUGCCUGAUUAUCACCAAAAAGUAGCUCUUUCAAGGUUGAGUCCCUUUUCAUCAUGUCCUCCAGUAUGAUUGAAUCUUUCCUUGAUAUCCCAUUAGAAACAUAUAGACAGAUAUGGAAAUCAUUAGAAGAAAGUCUGAUGAACAAAGCAUUUACCUGUGCCUAUCAGUAACUACUAGAUUGUAAAAUCAGAGGGGAAAAAAGGGGGCCUCAGAACAUAAGCAGUUUCAUGACAAGCUAAGAAAACUAAAAUCAUCUUAUCUUUGGCAUAUCCACAAUAGUUGCAACACAUAGGUAUAAAGUAUGAAAGAAUGAAAUUUAAGCAAAGCAAUUACUUUGAGCAGCUAUUUUGUUAAUAAACAUUUACAUUUAUGUUUUUUAGGAACUAUUACUUAGACCAAAGCUGAUUCAAAACUCGAACACUGUAGGCUGAUUGCAAAGCUUUUUUAAUGUUAAUAUGUAACCCUUUUGAUUGAUUUAAAAAAUUGAAUUGGCCAGUCAUCUUGUGUGAUGACCUUACAAUAUUAUAUUUUUUUAACUAUGAAUUUAAUUAAGAGCAAGUAGACAAGUUUAGUAAACUUUUGUUGUUGCUGUUUGGUCUGGACCUAGAACUCUUGAUCAAUUUUAAAUCGGUGUGGCAGGGUAAGUGAGGAACAUGGCAUAUCUCCCUAGACCAGCAGUGUUUAUUCCAUGUAAAUUAAAAAUAUUUUUAUAUUAAAACAUACCAACAUGCUGAGCAAUAUUUGAUUAAUUCUUAGUGUAAAUCACAAGACUUGAAAGCAGUUUUAAUCUUGCACUAGGUUCUUUGGGCACAAUUUUCAAUGUUAAUGGUAUUCUAUACUGAAUAUUUUAAAAAAUCCUUUGUCAUGUCUUGGAAACGCAAACACAGUGGAUUUUCUCUAAAUAAAUAAUUUUGUUUGAAUACUGAUGGAGUUUCAGGUGGGUACCAUCUUAAUGCAAUUUUAAAAUAGGUAUUUCUAGGUUCUUUGGAAUCCUAAUGCAUAUUGAUUUCUUGUUCUACACAAUUAGGUAUUUGUGAGGAAAGUGGGGUGGGGAUUUUGAUUUGUAAUCUUAUUAUACAUCCACAUGCAUUCAUACCCAUUCUCAUCUAUUUCUCUCCUACCUAAUUAGAAGAGAUACUGCUAUAUUUUUUCCAAAACCUAACCUUUGGAUUCUUUCCCCCCUUUCCACGUAAAACAACUAAUUCAUCAGUAACAAUAAAAAUGUCAAUGGC